AUGGCCACCAACGGUGUUAACGGUGCGAAGCACUACAACGAGGGAACCUUCCUCUUCACCUCCGAGUCCGUCGGUGAGGGUCACCCCGACAAGAUCGCCGAUCAGGUUUCCGAUGCCAUUCUCGAUGCCUGCUUGGCCGAGGACCCUCUCUCCAAGGUUGCUUGCGAGACCGCCACCAAGACUGGUAUGAUCAUGGUCUUCGGUGAGAUUACCACCAAGGCCAAGCUCGACUACCAGAAGGUUGUCCGCAACGCCAUCAAGGACAUUGGCUACGAUGACUCCUCCAAGGGCUUCGACUACAAGACCUGCAACCUCCUCGUUGCCAUUGAGGAGCAGUCCCCCGAUAUCGCUCAGGGUCUUCACCUUGACGACCGUCUCGAGAACCUCGGUGCCGGUGAUCAGGGUAUCAUGUUCGGCUAUGCCACCGACGAGACCCCCGAGCUCUUCCCCUUGACUCUCCUCUUCGCCCACAAGCUCAACGCCGCCAUGUCCGCUGCCCGCCGUGACGGCUCCCUCCCCUGGCUCCGCCCCGACACCAAGACUCAGGUCACUAUCGAGUACAAGCACGACAACGGUGCCGUCGUUCCCCUCCGCGUCGACACCGUCGUCGUCUCCGCUCAGCACGCUCCCGAGAUCACCACUGAGGAGCUCCGCAAGGAGAUCCUUGAGAAGAUCAUCAAGACCACCAUCCCCGCCAAGUAUCUCGAUGAGAAGACCGUCUACCACAUCCAGCCUUCCGGUCUCUUCGUCAUCGGUGGUCCCCAGGGUGAUGCCGGUCUUACUGGCCGUAAGAUCAUCGUCGACACCUAUGGUGGCUGGGGUGCCCACGGUGGUGGUGCCUUCUCCGGCAAGGACUUCUCCAAGGUCGAUCGUUCCGCUGCCUACGUCGGCCGCUGGAUCGCCAAGUCUCUCGUUGCCGCUGGUCUUGCCCGCCGUGCCCUUGUUCAGCUCUCCUACGCUAUCGGUGUCGCUGAGCCCCUCUCCAUCUACGUCGAUACCUACGGCACCUCUGACAAGACCUCUGAGGAGCUCGUCCAGAUCAUCCGCAACAACUUCGAUCUCCGCCCCGGUGUCAUUGUCAAGGAGCUCGAUCUUGCCAAGCCCAUCUACCUCCAGACUGCCAAGAACGGCCACUUUGGUACCAACCAGUCCUUCAGCUGGGAGAAGCCCAAGGCUCUCAAGUUCUAA